AUGGAGUCAGUUGGAAGUUUUAGGCCGAUUCCCGAGCUCACAUCGUUGGAGCGUAUUGGACCCAAAGGCUGGCUCCGUUAUGUUUUUCCCCUCCAGCUCCAAGGGGAAUAUGAUUUGGAUGAAGUUGCCCGUGUCCUUCAAGCCGGAUACAGAGGUCUUAUUCAGCGGCUACCAGAGGUUGCAUGCGUGCUCGUUCCCGAUGACCGUACAACGCAACAAGGUGUGAUGAAAUUCCAGGAACAAGAUCAAGCCGAUGCAGAGAAAAUAAUCAUCAACGAUUUACGUCAGAAUUUUGGACCCGAUUAUGCGGAGCUGAAAGAAAAGUCUUUCCCCGUGGCGUCGUUCGAUGCCGAUACAUUCUGCCCUCGACGUGUGUGGCCGGUAGCCGGAGAUCAAUUGCCAGUUUCGGUAGUGCAGGCCAACUUCAUUCGUGGAGGGUUGAUCUUGACGUGGUGCAUCUUCCAUAUGGCUGGCGACGGGACAGCAUUCUACACUUGGACAAAAAUAUGGGCAGAGGAGUGUCGCCGGGCACAGGGGCUUGAGAUCCUAAAUGCUGCCGACCUUCCGGAUGCUAUAUGGAAAGACCGUGAGCUUGUGAUGCGAUCGUCUGGCCGAAAUGCGGGCAAACUUGAAGACCAUCCGGAAUAUACUCUUCUUCCUUUCACACCCCCGGGACCACCACCGAAAAUGACAUCUUUGAGUCAUCGGGGGCAGAUUUUCUAUUUUUCUCCGGAGUCUUUAGCGGCGUUGAAGGCAGAUGCGUCUCCAGGAAAUGCCACCAAGCCUUCUGAACAGAAGUGGAUCUCGACAAAUGAUGCUCUUUCGGCGCUCCUUUGGCGUACAGUCAUGGCAGUGCAAUCACCUCUGGAAACUCUGGAGGGCGAUCCCGUUUCUGUAUUCAAUAUUGCCCUCGACGGGCGACAGCGGACAGAUCCCAAGGUACAUCCUGCGACGUUGGGAUGUUUCUUAGAGUAUAUUGCAGUCUCGUUGCCCAUCCGCGAAAUGUUGAGUACUCUAAAUUUGGCGGAUCUAGCCAUCGAGAUUCGCAAAGGGAUCAUGCGAGCCGACAACCAAUUUACAGACGAUGUCAUAGCCCUGGUGGAACAACUUGAGGAUGUUGAUCGGCUCGUUCCUACUGCUUUCCUGGAUGUCCCAGGCUUCAAUUGCGUGCAAACCUCGUGGCUGAACUUUGAACUAUAUGGUUUGGAGUGGGGCCCUCUGUUAGGCAACAUCCAAGCUGUACGAGUGCCACAUGUUGGCUGCAUCAAUGGCGGGCAAGUCGUGCUUCCGCUACUACCGAAUGGGGGAAUGGAGAUUUUGGUCGGUGUGGAGGAGAACUGCUUGGAUCGACUGUUGAAUGACCCCUUGUUCACGAAAUAUGGUGUUGCUAGGUAG